CGGCAUGUUUAGGUAUAUUAUAUAUUUAGAUCAAGUGCAUAUCCGUCUUUUUGAAUGCGCAUUCUCAACCUCCAUAGGGUUUACCUACCUUAGGUAAGAUAACUAUUUACGUUUACGUUUACGUCUGAUUUAAGUCGCAUCAUGGCCCGCAAGAAAGCUCUUCUUAUUGGCAUCAACUACUUCGGAUCUGAGCAUGAAUUAAAUGGCUGCAUCAAUGAUGCCGAAAAUAUCAGGAACUUCCUCGUCGAGGAGAGGGGCUUCUCACCCAGCGCUCACGACAUGGUCAUGUUAUCGGAUACCCCUGAAAAUGAUGGUACACCAUUUUAUCCAACGGGCGCCAACAUUUUGGCAGCGAUCAACUGGCUGGUUACCAGAAAUCAGCCUGGUGAUAUACUUUGGCUGAGCUACUCUGGCCAUGGAGCCCAGGUUAGGAGUAAUUCAAGAGAUCGGCCUUCAGGCUUCGAUGAUACGAUAUGUCCGGUUGACUUUGCAGAAAACGGACAGAUUUCGAGCGAAAUAUUGCAUCGAUCGAUCGUCUCCCCAGUGAACCCAGAAUGCCGUCUUACCAUACUCUUUGAUUGCUGUCAUUCCGGCUCGGCCUGCGAAUUGCCUUACGUCUAUCGACCCGACGAAGAUGGCAACGUCAAUAUGGUUGACACCAUCAAGAAAGGAAUCGGGUUGAUUCGCGCAGCCGAGGGACUUUUCGAAAGCGGCUUUUCCAUGUCUAAAGUAGAGGACGCUAAGAUGCUACUUGGCGGUGCCACUGACUUCUUCAACGGACUGCAUCAUCGUCGGAACGAGGAUGUUGAUGAGGAUGGGCUCGCCGUUGAGAAUUACGAGGAGCAUUGGGAGACGGAAGGCAAAGAUGUCUGGAUGUUCUCUGGAUGCGCUGACGAUCAGACCUCUGCGGAUACAUCCAUUGCCGGAGCACCCACUGGUGCCAUGUCUUGGGCUUUCCUUAGGACUCUGAGAGAGAACCCUGAGCAGUCGUAUAUAAACGUCCUCCAGAAUACCAGAGAGGAACUGGCACGGAAGUACUCUCAGGUACCGCAACUCAGCUGCGGCGGCAGAUAUGACUUAGACCAAGUACUCAUCCUAUGAGUUAUCAAUAGAAAAGAGAGCACGAGGUGGAUGAAAAGCGAGGUUAAUCAACCCAAAGCAUUUAGUUUAAGUUGAAAUAAGAAAUAAGCCUCUUAUUUACGUAAUAUUGUAGAGAGUUAUACGCCGUAUACAUGCCUUAUAGAUGACGUAUAGACCUGAC